GCACUUACUUUAAAACCAGAAUGUGUUCCACUCAAAUUGUACAGUAAACGGUUACGGCAUAAUGGGAACAAGAUACCCAAAUUAGGAAAGAACAAUAAGUACGGUAUUACGGAAACGGGCUGCAUACGAAACUGGAUCGAGAAAUGAAAAAUUCUUUGCUUCGUAGAAGGCUCGGAUGUGAACCUGUAACCUGAAUUACGGAACGCCGAAACGUCCGCGCCCCCGGCCGCAGACACAUAUAGCGGGCUUCCCCGAACUAUAUUACAUGCACCUCGACUUAUGGAGGCGGUGACUACGUGUUAAGUGGAAGACACGACGCAGCGUCUUCCUGAAUCCCGCCCUCUUUUAUCCCGUCACUAUAAAUAUGUAGCCGAACCGUUCCCUGUUCAGUCGUUCAUGAAAGCUCGAGGUGUGCACCGUGCCAAAUCUCGCUACUCCAUAGCGGCAACGUGAUCGCAAUCGCGUCUCGAAAUCAUAACAUUAAUUUACGGGAUUUCGUAACUUGGCGAUAUAUCAAAGGGAGCUUCUCUCUGUGUUGUUUGUGUGUUCAUAAUGUUGGACAAGUCUUUCAUCGGGGGCAGUUGGGAAAGCGUGGUGUCGCGAGACGACUACGAGGUCGACUACAGCUCAAGCCCGAGGGGAUCUCCGCUCAAGGACACGUCUAACAUCCAAGAUGACCAAACAUAUUGCAUCAGUCGUCACAACCCCAACAAGACCUACCGUCGCGAAUCCGUGAUCGCUUCGUGGAAAAGUUUGAAGAAGGAAAGGGAACUGGCUUUGGGGAAACGUGUUAUUUACGUUGAUCCUAACACUUACAAGGAUUAUUAUGGCAGGAAUCAGAUGAAGCGAUGCAAGAGCGACAGGACAGCUAAUGUGCCCAAGGUUCCAAAGAAGGUUAAAAGGGCAUAUUCAGUUCUCUAUAGAUACGAUCCUAAUGAAGAAAAAGUUAUUAAAGAAUAUAAAUAUCAACUCCCCAAAGAACCGCAGGUGGUAACUCCGCCGCCAAUGCAGAGGUCUUACUCGGAACCUUUCUUGAGACCGGAGGCUGUGCCAAAGAAGAAGGUAAAAAGGUCUUUCACCACCCUCCUCAACAUCAAGACGAAGUUCUUCAACAUUUUCUCUUCGAAAAGUUAAAUCGUUUCGUGAGGAUUUAGGAUGAUUAAUUGCUCAAAUCAAUGCAUUUCGCGUUCAUUGACUAAUUCAAAUUUAAUGAACACAAAUUGGAUUUCAUUGCCAAAGUAUCUAGUCAGAGCUUGACGAAGACGAAUUGUGUAUAAAUAAUUUUGAUUCGCAAGGAGAAAGUAGAACCCUUUCUUUAUUUAAAAGUUUUAUACUGCGGCAAAAAGCUAUAUGAUUCAAAUUGUAAUCUCACACAGCGUUUUUAGAAAUAAGUUAAUUAAGUUUGUUAUAUUAAGUGUGUUGUGAUA